AUGUCCACCAUCCACCUGUCUCCACAUCCACCCCGGUCUCACCAUCCACUGUGUCCCCACAUCCAACCUGUGUCUCACCAUCCACUCCUGUCCCCACAUCCACCUCAUCCCACCAUCCACUGUGUCUUCACCAUCCACUGUGUCUUUACAUCCAACCCUGUGUCCACCAUCCACUUGCCCCUACAUCCACCCUGUGUCCCACCAUCCACUGUCCCCACACCACCCUGGCCCACCAUCCACGUGCUCCCUACAUCCACCCAGGUCCACCAUCCACCUUGUCUCCACAUCCACCCCAGGUCCACCAUCCACUCGUGUCCCCACACACACCAUCCACUGCCCCCACAUCCACCUGCACCACCACUGUGUCCCCACAUCCACCUGCGUCUCACCACUCCACUGUGUCUCACCAUCCACCGUCCCACAACCCACCUCAGGUUCACCAUCCACCGUGUCCUACAUCCACCCCAGGUUCCACCAUCCACCGUGUCCUCACACACCCAGGUCUUCCACCACUGUGUCUCCACAUCCACCCCAGGUUCACCAUCCACUGUGUCUCCCCACAUCCCAGGUCCACCAUCCACCUGUCCCCACAUCCACCCUGUCUCACCAUCCACUGCGUCCCCACACCCCAGGCCCACCAUCCACCAGGUCCCCACAUCCACCCCCAGGGCCCACCAUCCACUGCGUCCCCACAUCCACCCUGCGUCCACCAUCCACCGUGUCCCCACAUCCACCUGCUCCCCACCAUCCACUGCCCCACACCACCCCUGUGUCCACCAUCCACCUGUCCCCACAUCCACCUGCGUCCACCCAUCCACUGUGUCCCCACAUCUCCACCCGGUCUCCAUCCACCGUGUCCCCACAUCCACCCUCAGGCCCACCAUCCACCUGUCCUCACAUCCACCCAGUUCACCAUCCACUCUGUCUCACAUCCACCCUGUGUGUUCACCAUCCACCUGUCCCCAUCCACCCCAGGCCCACCACUGCAGUUCCACAUCCACCCCAGUUCCCCAUCCACUGUGUCCCCACAUCCAGGGCCCACCAUCCACCUGUGUCCCACACCAACCCUGGCCCCACCAUCCACCCAUCCUCACAUCCACCUGUUCACCAUCCACUGUGUCCCUCUACCAACCUCAGUCUCACCAUCCACUGUGUCCCCACAUCCUGUGUCUCACCAUCCACCGUGUCCCCACAUCCACCCCAGGUCUCACCAUCCACCGUGUCCCCACAUCCACCCCUGGUUCACCAUCCACACUGCUCCCCACAUCUCACCAUGGUCUACCACCACUGCAGCUUCACCAUCCACACUGCCCUCUCAUCCAACCUGUGUCUCACCAUCCACCUGUUCCCCACAAUCCAUCCCCAGGCCCACCAUCCAACCACCGUGUCUCACCACCAACCUCUGGACCAUCCCCACCACCGUGUCCCCACACCAACCUGUGUCUCCCCAUCCACUGCCCCAUCCACCCUGCAGGCCCACCAUCCACUGCCCACACCCAACCCCCACAUCCACACCCACCAUCCACUGUGUCCCCACAUCCAACCUGCGUCCACCAUCCACUGUCUCCAUCCACCUGCGUCCACCAUCCACUGGUGUCCUACAUCCAAUCCCUGUGUCUCACCAUCCACCUGUCCCUCUACUCACCUGUCUCACCAUCCACCGUGUCUCACCAUCCACUGUCCUCCAGAUCCACCCUGUGUCCACCACUCCACUGCAAACCACCAUCCUGCCCACCAUCCACUGUGUCCCCACAUCCAACCCAGGCCCCCAUCCACUGCUCCCCACAUCCACCACCACAUCCACCCUGUCCCUACAUCCACACCAUCCACUGCGUCCCCACACUCCAAGGCCCACCACCAUCCACUGUGUCCCCACAUCCAACCUGUGUCCCACCAUCCACUGCUGUUCCCCACAUCCACAGGUCCACCACCACUGUGUCUCACCAUCCACCCUGUCUCACAUCCACACCCCAGUUCACCAUCCACUGUGUCCCCACAUCCAACCUGUGUCCACCAUCCACCGUGUCUCACAUCCACCUGUGUCUCCACCAUCCACUGUGUCUCACAUCCAACUCUGUGUUCACCAUCCACCUGUCUCCACACCACUCCAGCCCACACCACUCUCCACAUCCACCCUGCGUCCACCAUCCACUGUGUCUCCACACCAACCUGCAGUCCACCAUCCACUGUGUCUCCACACACCCCAGGCCCCACCAUCCACUGUGUCUCCACAUCUGA